UGCGUCUCCUUUAUAAACGGAUACCUCGCUCAGAGUGGACAUACUUACUCGAAGGAUUGAGGACUUGCAUCGAACACUCAGGAAUAAUCGUGUGGAGUGCUACCUGUCAGAUUAGGUUUAUGGAGAUCACCAUGAAUUCUCGCCUUGGACAUAACGGAUAUAACAAUGAAAGCACAACUCACGAGUCAACACACGAGCGUGCUCUGUUUUGGAGACCGUGGACACGAGGACAGUUGGAACAAAGGCCGGACUCUCAUGGGUUUCACGGCAAAUCCCUGGUUGAAUUAUCAGAUGCAAAGAAAGCCAACAGCUUUGUACAUCCUGUAAAGUUAUUCUGGCCUCGAUCGCGCUGCUUUGAUUAUCUGUAUCAGGACGCCGAAGCGCUGCUCCGGAACUAUCCCGUCCAGGCGACCGUCUGUCUUUACGCAGACUCCAGCGACGAGGAGGACAGUGGCGAGGAAGACGAGAAAGAAAUGAACUAGACAUUUAUGAAUGAAAUUUAAGAUGGAGCAUAAUAUAUUUUGUAA